AUGACGCACUCGUCGCCCUUGUCCCGGCCUCGCGACAGCAACGGCAGUGACCACUCCAGCUACGUGGCCAAACCUCGACGAGCCCGUGGCAGUAUCGACUCAAUUGCCUCUUCUGCCAGUGGAGAGGGAGAAAGCAGUAGCAGCAGUAGCAGCAGCUCUGUUCUUCGUGUGUCUAAAGAGGUGGAGAACAUUGGGGCACGUGUAGCCAUCUCGAAAAAGCGCGUCACGUGGUGCUUUGUCCUCGCCGGGUCGGAGCAAGUGCACACGGUGAUGCUGGAACACAGCCGGAUUUCGGCCAAGAAGCGGCUGAAGCUCGAUGGUAAACGACUGUUUACCUCGGAGCAGUAUGCUACGAACUGGCAGUACGAUUUCCACGUGGGGGUGGACGUGUUGACGCCGUUUCGCGUGAUUAUUCGUGACGUCAAGACAGCUGUUGUGGACGAGAGAAGACUUGAGACGGUCUAUGAGCUGGUAGCGGAGGGGGUGCCGUGGGACCAGCUGGCGGAGCGAAUGUUAUUGGCUGCCUUUCGACACCAAUCCACGUCGGUUUGGAGCAGCGACAUUUAUGUGCGACGUGUAGACGAGACCUGCGGUGAGUUGCUAAGUGAUGGUGACGAACGUCCACCGGGCACGUUGUUAACCUGGACGUUUGCAUUCGGAUUGAAUGGCAAUGUCCACAAAUUGGAGUUGAGGGAUUUGGACAAGGGUGAGUUUGUUGUCGUGCUGGACUGUCGCGAGCUCAAGCGUGUGAAUUUUGACGAUAUUCAAGAAGAUAUGUGGGAGUUUGAGUACGAUCUAGAGGAUCAACACGAGUUGGAUUUGGUCGUGACGCUAGUCGACGAACACAAAACGUAUGACUUCUUCAUUGAUGGCAGUGCAUGGAGUGACAUUGGUCAGACUGACUUUGUACUCGAAUCUGGGUGGUACCCUGUCUACUCUCGCUCGCGCUGUGCCGUGUACUUUCGUCAUGAAGGGUCGGGUGACACGCAAUGGGAGAAACCAAUAGUGGACCGUGGGAGCUCGCAGGCCAGUCAGCGCUUGCAGGGGAUGUCUCUAAGCUCGCAGACGUCAAACGGCUUGGUUCAAGAGCUGUUUACAGUUAAGGAUUCUAUCGAGGACCCUGUGGGCGAGCGUGAAAGUGCGCCUCAGCUUGUACGGAUGAAGCAUCCGCUCCAACCUGUGCAGGAAGUGCCUGAAGGACUAGAAGCGCAAGAAGUGACCUUGAUUGAUUUCUCGGACUUGCCGGAACAAGUGCAAAAGUCGGAAAAGAGUGGGAAUGUGAAUGACCCGUUCAACCCUGUCACACAUACACAAUUGGUGAAUGCAGACCAGAAGAGGCAGCCGUCACAGCAGCCAGUAGAUCUAUUGAGCUUGUAA